UAUCGCUAAGUAUUUAUGUCUGACUAUAGAAAAUGUUUAAGUGUGUGGGAUAGGCGCUACGUUUAUUAUCUAUUUUUAAUAAAUUAGUAAAUCUUGUUUUGCAAUAAUGUUGUCAUUAUUACAAGAAAAACGACCUUUAAAGAGAGCUCGGUUGGGGCCUCCAGAUGUAUAUCCUCAAGAAGCUAAGCAGAGAGAAGAUGAAUUAACGCCGACAAAUGUGAAACACGGCUUUGCAACUACGCCUCCAUUGGCGGAUGAAUUUGGAACUGCUCACAACUCAAAUAUGAAUGCAAGUAAAGUGGGUUCUUUUAUUAAUUCCAUUUUGUCAAAAAAGGAAGAGCUUAUGACUUUACAAGAUACAAUGAGGAAAAAACAACAAAUUAAUUGUAAAGAUAAUUUUUGGCCAGUAUCGCCGCGUACAAAAACGGCAUUAGAUGCUUGGUUCAAAGAUCUUGCAGGCAACAAACCUCUAUUGAGUUUAGCUAAAAAAGCACCGUCAUUUAAUAAAAAAGAAGAAAUUUUAAUAGUUCUUUGUGAUAAUCAAGUAAAUAUGCAACGUGCUGCAUGGUUUAUUAAAUUAAGUGCAGCAUACACAUUGAGUUUCACCGAGUCAAAAAAUAAAAAACGUAGUAUUUAUGAUCCUGCAGUAGAAUGGACUGGAAACAUAAUAAAAUUUAUGAGAGAACUUUUACCAAAACUUCACGAGUAUUUUCAACUUGGAGCUGAUAAAAACAUUCAGGGUUCUAGCAAUUUCUCUUCGGGAAUAAAUUUAGGUCAUAUGAUAUCAGCUCCCUCUGUUAGUAGUCCUGCAACUGCUCAUAGUCCAUUAACCGCGAACACGUUGACCUCUACAAGUUGCCCCUCAUAUUCAACAAAUGCUUCAUCAAACCCAUCUGGAAGUAUACUGUGCUCUGGAUCAGGAUCUCCUAUAUCUGGUAUUGGCAGUAACUUCGAGGAUUGCCGAAAUGCAUUGAAAUAUUGGAAAUAUUGCACACGUCUUUGCAAGUAUAUGCACGAAGAAUCGCUGCUUGAUCGACAAGAAUUCCUCAAUUGGAUAUUGGAAUUAAUAGAAAAAAUGCGUUCACAAAUAUCAUUUGAUAUGUCUUUAAAAAAGUUAAUACUUGUAUUUGCUUUGCAAUACAUGCCUGACUUUGUUCAAUCAGAGCGCUUAAGUAGAAAAUUGGCAGUGCUGGCUGCAAAAAAUUUGGCUAUACUUCUGGAACUUGGUUCAGGAACUGUUGCACCAGCAAAACAUCAUGAGGCAAACGCAGCAACCAUGGAAGCCUCCAAUUUAGAGGAAAAAAAUGCCACACAUAAUUUAGAAUUACCUUUAAGCGAUUGUAACCAUUGCCCUCAUCACCGAGAUAUGGUAAUAUAUUUAAGUACAAUACUUCAAACCAUAACUUUAGAAUGCCCCACCGCUUUAAUAUGGAAUGGAAUCAAUGAAAGUCGAGCCCUAUCGUCAUUGUGUGGUAGCCCACUUGAUUUUAUUUCUGUCGUUCCUUCUCAACUACCAAUGCCAUUUAAGUGCGAAAACUCGAAUGAAAAUAUUAGGCGGCAAUUGCAAAUCGCAGAAGCUGAAAUUGCAUUGAGGUCUAAACAUGCUGAAAAUCGUUGGUUUGCGGAGAAAUGGCGUAGUUCCAAAGUAAAUUGUUUUACUCACGUACUAGAUAUUCUUGACAGUUUGGACACCCACUGUUUUGAUCGCAGAGAUAAGGAUAAUAACAUAGACUCGCUUUACUCCAAAAUAUUUCCUAACUAUGAUUUAAAAUACGAUGACGCUGAACAUAAACGUAAAAAAUACGCUUAUAAUUCUGAUAAAGACGCUGCCACAGUAAAAAUAUUAUGUGAAUGGGCGGUUUCUAAUCAAAGAUGGGGUGAACAUCGUGCAAUAGCUGUUGCUAUAUUGCUGGAUAAACGACAAAUUGAAGUUACUUCAGUUGUAGAUAUCGAUCCUCAACAAAAUUCAAAUGCACCGGAUGAGAAAGAUUCUAUUAAUUCUGGAGUUGGAUUGAUUGGUGGACUUCCGGUAUUUCAAUCCGUUUUAAUGGAUUUUCUUGAUCGCGAUGCUCCCGUUCUGGAUGAAAAUGGUACAACACAAAAUCGAACACAAUUUAUAAAUCUUGUGCAUCUUUUCAGUUCAUUAAUUCGUUACGAUGUAUUUUCACAUAAUGCCUAUAUGCACACUUUGAUUUCACGAGGCGAUCUUUUAAGAGAAAAUUGCAUUCCAGAAUUAGAGCACGUAAACAGAAAUGAAGCUUCUUCGGUAUGUGGGUUAGAGUCGGUAGAUAACAAACCUUCUCCCUCCCAUAAUUUUGAUGAUGAAUUCAGUUCUGCCAUUGAUUUUAAACAUAGUGAAUUUGAUGAUUCCAAUGUUGAUGAUGAUUUGGGGAAAUUGUUACAAAACAUUAAAGAGAAAGGACAGAGUGCAUUAGAAACGCCAGAUAGUCCGAAAAUAGCUGACAACUCUCAUAUGACUUUGAAUGGAUACCUUAUUUCACGCCACUACAUAUAUACCAAACAUUUUCCCAUACCUCAGGAGGAGGCAUGUGUAUCUUAUAGCAAUGAAUGUAACCAGAGAUAUAUUUUACUAUUUGGCGUCGGAAAGGAACGUGAUGAAAAAAAGCACGCCGUUAAGAAAAUGUCUAAGGAAAUUUGUAAACUCUUCUCUAAAAAGUUCAGUAUUGACAUCGCCGAGGGUGGCAAAGUUAAGAAGCAUUCUCGAAAUGAAUUCAAUUUCGAGGCUACCACUAGCAAAUGCAAGAGCAUGUCGUAUUUUGAACAGCAUGUAGUUACAUCCCAGUGUGCAAUUAUUGUUUUAGAACAACUUAAUGGCUUUGCAACGGGCAGUAAUAACUAUUUGCCAGUUCAAGAACACGUUGCGUUUUUGUUUGAUCUGAUGGAAAUGGCUUUGAAUAUACAUAGCUUGUUAGAUUUUUGUGACCACAUUUUAAAGGAACUGCCCGAAAUUGAAAAUCAAUUACAAGCUAAGAAGUCCAUUUUGGUUCGAAUGUAUACAACUUCUUUAGCUCUUUAUAUCGUUGGCAUACUACGUAGAUACCAUUCAUGUCUUUUGUUGAGCACAGAAGAAACUUUAUCAGUAUUCGAAGGGUUGUGCAAAACAAUUAAACACGUAAACAAUCCAAAGGAAUGCAGCUCAGCAGAGCGUUGUAUACUCGCGUAUCUUUCCGAUUUAUAUGAAAUGUGUGAUUUGCUUAAAUCUGAAGAAAAUGAGACAGAGUAUUUUCCGAUAAUUGGAACAAUGAAGGCGUUUAAAGAAAUCUAUAAUUCACCGGAACAAUUAAGUGCCGCACCGCAGUCUUAUAAUCCGCAUUUUUUGCAAGAAUUAUUUAUAUCUCCAAAACGUGGUGGUAGAAUAGAAUAUCACUGCAUUCGUCAAUUACAGGAGUCCACAGCCAAUGUUUAUAGUUUUGUAUCGAACGCUAUUUUGGCUGUUUGUCAAGCAACUGAUAACGAUCAUUUAAAUGAAAUCGCCAUUUUAUGUGCAGAGUUAACAGCUUCGUGUAACAGUCUUUCCGAAGAAUGGAUAGCUGCGCUGCAAAGUAUUUGCAAUGCUUCGAAAAAACUUCGAUAUCCUCAUCUUUUUGAACAAGUGGACAUACAUGAUAACAAAAUUCACAACUCAUUAGCUGUUUUCAUUUGCAUUUUGGUAGCAAGGCACUGUUUCUCGUUGGCUGAUUUUGUGCUUAAAUUCGCAUUACCAACAUUAGCAUAUGCAUAUCCAGUAGGCGGUGAAUUCACCACCGAUGCUGAAGCUGGCGCACGCCUUACCUGCCAUUUGGUCUUGAAAUUAUUUAAAACAAUUGAAAUACCGCAACCAAGAAUGUAUUCUGUGAGCACUUCUCCGAAUCCCGUAAACGUUAUUGAAGAUUCUUUCAACAUAAAGUUGAGCUGCGAUCGUCACCUCUUAGUCGGCGCACACAAAAACAUACCAAUACAAGCAGUAUUAGCUGUCAUAAAGGCAAUAUUAAUUGUUGUUGAUCUGAAAACACCAACUAUAUCAAGCAAUAACUCUGUUGCUAUAAGUAGUGGCAAGCGUAGUGGUGUUAACACACCUGUGCAUCCGGGGAGUACUCCAAAAACUACUGAUAGGCCCGCGGAUUUGAGCCAAAUACUUGGCACUAGUGAUUUGUCUAAUGUUAGUAAUGGCAACGACCAAGAUGUCAAUAAGCCGAAUACUGGAAAUAGUAAUGCAAAAUCUUUGGAGCAGGUGUCUUUACUUGAAUUUGCGAAUCAUGUCUUGAAGCAAAUAUGUUCACAAGAGCAUGUAUUAGAACGCUGUUUGAAACAUUCUGAUAAUUUAUGUGAAAUGAUUAUAGACGAUAUGCUCACUACAAAACAAGUUCAGCGAGUAUUAUAUAUGAUUUGUUAUCCGGAAGCUGAGUAUAAUAUAAUUUCCGAAAUGGAUCAGAGAUCAAUGAUAAUACGAAUUUUGGAAAAUCUAGAACAGUGGACUCUUCGAAUAUCGUGGUUAGAUUUAGAAUUAAUGCACCGUCAAAUUAUGAACAACCAAACUGAACUUAAUAAUUGGUUAGACACUGUUGCCAAAGCUGCAAUUGCUGUUUUUCAGAAAGAUGCCCUAUCUGCUGAAGGAAAAGAACUAUAUAGUGAAAACCAAUCUACGUGGUUAAUAGUUCCCUUAAUUUCCAAACUCACACCAGCAGUUAAAGGCCGAAUUCUACGCGUCGCGGGGCGAGCACUUGAGAGCAUGAAUUUUUGUGCAAAAAUACCCAAAUCUGAUAAUUGCAAUAACAGUGGAGAAGAAAGAGAACGAAGUAGUACCUCUAUGAAUUACUCUCUAAGCGGAUUCAAUAUUUCUACUGGUUUCAAAAAGUUCUCUUUAAACUAUCAACCUUUCUUAGGAUUAAUUCUGUCCUGUUUAAAUGGUCAGGACGAAUAUAAAGAGAGUCUUUUGAGUUCAUUAUACUCUCAACUUUCUCAUUGCUUGCAGUCAUUUACUGAGUAUGAUUCUUCGAACGGAAUUAAUGAUCUUCUAGACCGAGAAGAAAUUUUAGAUGCGCUUCAAUUACGUUUUUCCCUGGUAGGGGGAAUGUUUGAAACAAUUCAAAAAAAUGGAAAUUCUACUACGGAAUGGGCCAUAUUACUGGCGCAGCUGGUCUGUCAAGGAGUAAUUGAUGCAAGUUCGAAUCGAGAACUCUUUACUACCGUUGUUGAUAUGUUAGUUACGCUAGUUCACUCGACAUUAUUAACAGAGAACCAUUCUGAACGAGAUGAAAAUAAAAAACUGUACCUUAACCUGAUGAAAAAGUUGAAAAAAGAAAUUGGUGAAAAAAAUAAUGCUUCAAUAAAAGUUAUUCGUCAGUUACUGCCACUUUACAAGCAAACAACCGAGGUUAUAUCAUGUGAGCCGGCCGGUAUCGACAUGAAAGGAAAUAAAAUAUGUGAUAUGGACAAGAAACAACUUCGUAUUUCAGACAAGCAACGUAUAAGUGUUUGGGACAUAUUGGAAGGCCAUAAGAAUCCAGCACCCUUAUCAUGGGUCUGGUUUGGUGCAGUCAAAUCUGAAAGAAAAAGCUUAGCAUAUGAAGAAACACAUCGCAGUCUUAAAUAUCACGCGCAUAGUUUAGUUAAACCCAUUAGUUAUUUUUAUGAAUCCUUGCCGCUGCCUCCAGAAGACAUAGAGCCUGUGCCGGAAAAGAUCUGCAUUAAAGACGAGAUGAAACCAGAUACUCCUUCAUCAAUUGAUCAAUCACCUAGUGCAGUUACCACUGGGAGAACACGAGGAAAGGGAACCACACGUAAGCGUAAGCCGAAAGUUUCGAAAACUUCUCCCACAAAUAUCCCAACGCAUGCCCAGGUGACCCCGCAAUCGCAGCAACCUCAAGUUCAAUCACAGACACCGCAACAGAUGAACCCACAAGGUCAAAUUAAUCACCUUCAAAUGAAUGCACAG